CUCUAAAAUUUAACCACAAACUUUCACACGCACUGCACAGUUGAAUAGUACCUGCUGCUGAUUGGAUACGAGAAGUUAUGAUAAUUAUUUUGAUUAGAACAUCCAUGCUGGACCAUGGUGUUAUGGAAAUUAUAAUUAUGAUAAUUAUAACAGGAAUGGAUAAUCAUCCACAUGACGAGUACGAUAAUGCCGAUGACGACCAAGACCACCACCACGACGACGACGACGACGACGAUGACAAUGACGGUGACGAUGACGGUGAUGAUGAUGAUGGUGGUAGUGGUGGUGGUAGUGGUGGUGGUGGUGGCGGUGAUGGUGAUGAUGGUAGUGGUGGUGGUAAUUACAACGAGGACGGCGACAACGGAGACUAUGAAAACGAUGGAGAAGUCGACUACAACGACGAAGAGUACGACGCUGACGACGUAGACGAAGAAAUACUCUGUAAGUAUUAAUUUCAAGUCAAGAAAGGCGAUUAUUUUUGUAUUGACCGUGUUGUCUGUUAUCAUGUAAGCGACUACCGUAAACUUCCGACAGUAACGACCCUCGUUACUUUCGGAGUAGCAGCCUCUGGGGCUUGCUACUUUUGGGGUGUCGUUACUUUCGAGGGGUCAUUAUUUUCGGGGAGCAAAAAACGUUAUAUACGGUUGGUACGACUAGGUUCUUCUUCUAGUUCAAAUCUAUAUGUCUGUUACAUGGGUGAGUUCUCCAUGUCUAAACCGUGUUGUUAGUGUUCGGCGGAACGCUAGUUACAUACCAUAGACACCAUAAACUGUUAAUACUUCAUGAAGCGAUGCUACGUCAGUUUGCUGUAUCAAUAUCUCAGUGCGUUGGUCGAGUUUUUCCAAUUUAAAUUUGAAGAAACGUUCCUUUUGUAUUAACACGCUACUGUUGAAAAUGACGUUAAUUUGAAUCAAAGUUUUCUAUAUUACGUUCCUGUUACUUGAUGAAAAUUCUACGCGUUUUGUUUUAACACGGUGCAACAUUAACUGAUGAAGCACGAAUUGACGUUUCACAACGCGAUUCCACGUUACCAUACGUAACUUUCACCUGACUAUUGACUGGAAAAAUAAAUAUACCAUUGAACCUGGGUAUCACUAUUUUGGGCGAGGUGGAUGCUCGCUACUUUUGGAGGGUCGCUACAUACUUUCGGGAUUUAUUACCGGCCACAAUUUUUUGACGGUACUUUCUGGGGGUCGUUACUUUGGUAAGUUGACGACGCCUCAGCCCGAGUCAACUUUCACGCAAAGGAAUCGAGAGGGAAUAAUCUAAUUGUUUUACAACAAAUCUACUUGUCUUUCCGAACUUUAUCUAAAUCCUCGUGUCUUCAUUUGGCUUUUGCGCCUUUCAUCAACUGGCCCGUGGAAGAAAAUUUAGUGGUGAACAAUAAAGAAUAGGCAAUAAACAAUAUUGAGUGUACGUUUGGGAACUAUCGGACGUCUGAUGGUAGCUCUGUCCAAACGAAAAAUGUUUGACGAUCAAACACAAUCAACUGAUCAAUGUUCGGUGACCAUACAAUUCCCGUUUGGACGUCUUUUUUGGUCGUGUUUGAUCGUGUUUGAUAACAUUUGAGGGACGACAAACAUUUGGUCAAACAUUGUAAAACAUUUUGUUCCUUUGGACGGUGAUCAAACAUAUUUGAUAUCGUUUGGCCAUUCAGUAUAACUU